CCCCCCACGCGCUGACCGGAAGCGGAAGUGGGAGCGGCUGGAGAGGCUGUCUGGAGCCGCUUGGGACGGGCUGGGAUGUCCAGCAAUAACAUGGCGGACCCGCGGCGACCUAACCGCGUGCUCAGGUACAAGCCUCCAUCUACAGAGAGCAAUCCUACCUUGGAAGACCCUACACCAGACUACAUGAACCUUCUGGGAAUGAUUUUCAGCAUGUGUGGCUUAAUGCUGAAACUCAAGUGGUGUGCCUGGAUUGCUGUCUACUGCUCGUUUAUCAGCUUUGCCAACUCAAGGAGCUCAGAAGACACCAAACAGAUGAUGAGCAGCUUCAUGCUAUCUAUCUCUGCUGUUGUGAUGUCCUAUCUGCAAAACCCUCAGCCCAUGUCUCCUCCUUGGUGAAAGGAUAACUUUUAUCUGCAGAUGUCUGCUUUUAUAGAGCAGAAUGAAGUCCUUGUUGAAGGAAAAGGAUGUUUUUCUCAGGCAAUCCAAAAUCUGUUCGCACAAGCAGUGUUGCAUAAUUUUGGGAGUACGUGUUUAGAUGUCAAUAACAUGACGGCUAUUAAAGAUGCUUUGGGUGCA